GUGUAACUAAAAACAGCUCAUGGGCGACAUGUUUUAUACAUCAGCAGCAUUGUGGAAGCCGGAUUGUUGAAAUCACCAGGUGGCAAAAUCAUUAAUUUCGUUCUACAUAAGCAGAAAUAAGGAAUCGACGAUAAAAAUGUCUUAUUCAAGCGCAGAUCAGUCUUCAGUUGACAAAUCGAUGAGGAGUGUCUUUGUUGGAAAUAUUCCGUACAGAGCUACGGAGGAGAAUCUGAGGGAUAUCUUUGGUGAUGUCGGACAAAUUAUGUCGCUCAAAUUGGUAUACGACAGAGAGACAGGAAGGCCCAGAGGCUUUGGUUUCAUCGAGUACAAGGAUCAGCAAACAGCCCUGAAGGCAAUACAAAACCUGAAUGGCUUCGAGAUCGGGGGAAGGGUCCUCAGAGUGGACAAUGCAUCUACUCAGAAGAGUCGUCCAGACAUGCGAAGUCGAAAUGAAUACGACUGAAUGGGCGAUUUACAACUAUCUUCCACUUUUUUUUUCUUUUCUAUAUAAAAGCGUAACGAUUGAUAUGAAAUUGUCGAAGUGAGCUGGAUGAUUAAAAUAAUGAAGAGAGGAGUAUGUGCAAGCGGAAUUAUCAAUGUUGCUGUUUUUCAGAUUAUGAAAAUGAUAAAUAAAAAGAUGACGAAAUGAAUUAAUAGGGA